AUGUCUUGGCUCAUUCUGUAUGUCCACGUCACCUCUUUUAACCAGCGAAAACAGUGCGUUAUAUUAACCACCCGUCCAACGCUCCUCCACCUCCUCAUGAAGCUCAACGAAACCAACUCCCCAAACCCCAACCACGAAAGCAUCUCUCAACCCGUCUUGACCCUCGGUGAAGCCUGCAUCCAUGCCGCCCGCCACUCGCACUCCCUCAUCCUGACAAAAUGGAUCAACGGCUCCCUCCCAGUAUUCGGCUAUUUCCACGCGCACUAUCUCUUCUCCUCGGCGCUCGUACUCGCAAUGUCCAGCUUCCUCCCAAUCGGCAGUCCAUCCGACCUGGGAGCCUUCGAAUCCGGUCUAGAAGUGCUCCGGUCCAUGAGCGAGAACGGGAACCUAGCGGCAUCAGAGUUCUACCACAACCUAGAACAAGUGAAACAGUGUCUCGACCUGCGUAAAUCAAAGGACCCUAAAUCAAACUCAACCGCUGGUCAACCAAACAUCACCGCAUCAGGUUCAGGUCCAAUGAUACCUCCAUCCACCUUACCCCCGACAGCUUCGGCAGUUACCCCUGCCACGACUGUCCCCGUUCCCUCCCUACUCACAACAGCGGGGGCCGAUCUGAUCAGCCAUAAUCCGGGGUAUGGCCCUGCUCAAAGUAGUAACACCACCAUAUCGCCAGGAAACUUUACAUUCCCAACGACAGCAGGGGGGAUAACAACGGCAAUGGCGUUCCUGGAACCAACGAUGCAGGACUUCCUGGCUCAAUCCGACUUUGAUCUGGGAUUGUUACAUCCAGUGGAUACAUUCAUGAACGACGAGAAUCUGUACACGUGCCAUGGAUUAUAA